AUGAGGACACCAGCUCCUCGUGUUGCAAAGGCUGAUGGAAUGAAGACACAAGUUUUCAGGCCAAUUCCAACACGACAGAGUCAUGUUGAGAAACAAGCCUUUAUUUCUAAGAAAGAUUUUGAUACAUUCCGUGAUGAGGUUCAUCGCGAGUUUAAAAGAAUUCGUGGACUAAGGAGAAAAAAAUUCAAAAAGUUGAAGAAAGCAUUCGCUCAAAGCAAGGAGCAGGUUGUAGAUAUAAAAGCUGAUAAACCAAAUGUUGAUGAGGGAGGAUUAGAGCAAUCUGGACAACAUUUCAAUCCUGAUGUUGUUCAAUCUUCAGAUAAUAUUUUUGACGGUACAAAGCAACAACAUGCAGAUAAAGAUCCUGACCUCCAGAAUAUGAAUUAUUUUGGUACCGAAAGAUCACCACAACGAUUAAGUUCGGAGGUUGAUCAAAAAUUGAAGGCAAAUUUGCUUGGUAAAAAGGGGUGCACUGAUUUGCAUUCUAAAAAAAUGAAUGUUGAAAUUGAUUCUCAACAAUUAAUCCCUGAUGAGCUUCUCCGAAGUAUAAAUUUGAAUUACUUACAUUUGGAGAAGGUUGUUCAACAUGAUUGUCAAACCAGCGAUGAGAAAAUUGAUGAAACAAUUUUGUUUGAUUCGCAAUUCACAAUUUCUGAUGAGAUGUUACCUAGCCUAAAUGCGUAUCAAAUACAGAGCAUCAUCAUACAUCUAUCGACAAACCGUCAAGAAGAAUCUCAUCAUGAGAUUUUGAAUGCAAAAACUUCUGAGAUUGUUAUUGAAGAUCAUGAUCAAAUGAACAGAGGAAUCACUGAUUCAGAGGUAGAACUUGCUACCGAGGAGCAAGUUAGCACACUUCGUAAUACACAAGAAGUAACCAAUGAUGAACAGAGGGAUGAACAAUUGUGGCCUGAUUCACAAAACACAAUUCCGGAUGAGUUUCUAUCUAGCUUGAAUGUGUACAAUCAAAAAAGCAUCAUCAUUCAUCUAUCCGCUAAUCGUGAAGUAAAAACUUCCAGACCAAAGUUAAGGAUUAGUCGACCAUCAAAAUUCAAGGAAUUUUCAUACACUAAAAAAUUUGGUUUAGCUGCUAGUAAGUACAAUAAGAUAUAUAUUAUUUUUUAUGUAAUAUGUCUUGCAAAUACGUUUGUAUUUAUUAAGUUUUUAUAUUCUAUAAUUACAUAGGGAGCUCAGCAGGGCUAAUAUGCAUAUUCCCCCCAGAAACAUUCAUUUUUAUAUCACCCAAUUGAGGGGAUGAUAGAUACAAAGAUUGUCAAGAACUUCAAGGACUGGAUUUUUGCCGACUUAUUAAAAGCUAUUGCUAAGAGAUGCAUUAUGGUGUUGAGACUGUUGAAGACAAAAACUGAUUCUAUACGAUGGAAUUUACAGAUCCGACAUGGACAGACUCGCAUAUUAAUGUCUGAUUAUACUACUUGAGGAAGAAGUCGAAGUAUGGGCCGCACAUUUCGUACAAAAAUAAGCCAAAAAAAUUGUGCAAAUACAGUACAGUUGACUGCAACUUUAUGAACGUAAUUAGAUCUUUGAAUGAUGUAUAUUCUAUGGAUCAUCAAAAUCUUAAAGAUGGAGUACAGGAGCACCAUCUUAUUGAAUACAUCAAUGGGUUCCGUAUGCAUGCUGCAGUGCCAUGGCAUACAGUGGAAGACAUUUUUAUUCCUGUCAAUAUAAAGGAAAAACAUCACAGGGUUCUCGCGAUUUUAUCAUUUUCAGAGAAGUAUAUAUUCUUAUAUGAUUCAUAUGAAUCCAGUGGUCAUUAUGCGGUUGUUCUUGCUGAGACCGAGAAAAUAGCAAAGAUUAUUUCAUUUGUCUCAAGCUUGUGAUUUCUAUGUUAAGAAAAGAAUUGAUCUUCAAAACCAUCCAAGAUACAAAGACAAAGAAUCCUUAGAUAUGUUUGAUGUUUUAUUUGAAGAUGACUUGCCUCAACAACCGAGUGGAAGCUUGGAUUGUGGUGUUUUUAUGGUUAUGUAUGCAGAGUGUCUUUCUUAUGGUCACAAAGUUAUUGCGACUGAGUUCGAUCCCAAUGCACUCCGUACAAGAUAUGCUACACUUUUGUGGGAUUAUGGGAUCCAAAAACAAGAAGCAAAUGUCAUUAGUGAUGUCGAAGCACCCGUGAGGCCUGCAAGGUAAAGUAGAAUAACUAGUGUCACUGAAGUUGUUGAUGUAUGAUGGUUGAUUGAUUUUAGACUUUUUGUACUUUAGAAACUAAUUUAUGGAUGUAGGUUUUGAUUGUACAGACUAAUUUUUAUGUUUUGAAUUUGUUCA